AUGUCUCUGUCGGAACAACAACUAUAUGCCAUCUCAGUAACCGAACGGGUUUGCUCGGCCAUCUCUCUAACCGGCACCACCAUCAUUGUCGUCUCCUUCCUUGGUUCAAGUGCUUUCCGCAAGCCCAUCAGCCGUCUGGUGUUUUACGCCUCUUGGGGCAAUUUGAUGACCAAUAUCGCAACCGUCAUUUCUCAAUCAGGCAUUCACAUGGGGCUCGACAGUCCCCUGUGUCAGUUCCAGGCCUUCUUGAUCCAAUGGUUCAUGCCCGCCGAUGCCCUAUGGACUUUUGCCAUGGCCUGUAAUGUUUACUUGACGUUCUUUUACAAAUACAACUCCGAUCAACUGCGACGGCUCGAGUGGAAAUAUCUCAUCUUCUGCUACGGACUGCCUCUCAUCCCCUCUGUCGCGUACUUCUUCAUCAAGACCAAGGCCCGGGGCAAGGUCUACGGCUAUGCGGUGCUCUGGUGUUGGGUUGCGCAAACCUGGGACUGGUUACGGAUUGCGGUCUUCUACGGCCCAGUCUGGUUCUUUAUUGUUUUGACGCUGGCCAUCUAUAUCCGCACUGGCGGUGUCAUCUGGGAAAGACGACGCCAACUGCGGCAGCUUGACAACCUCGACUCGGCAGAUUCCUAUCCCAGGUAUGAAGGCGAGCCGACCGCAGAACAUUAUGAGGGGCUCGAGAUGCGCGAUGCCGAACGCCCCCUCGAGCCUACCUACAGUAGGGCAACAACGGAAAUCCGCGUAACGAGUGAAAUUACACGCCCCCAACAAGGGCAUUACCCAACUGCCGAAGAAUUGAGUAACCCUGUAUCCCCAUUCUACAACCCGUACUCUGUCACCAUCGAGGGCGGCUUCAUGAGCAGACAGUUCAGUGGCAUCCCGUUAAAAGCAAUGAAACAUUCUCAUUCGGAGUCAUGGUCCCGCCGCCGUACAAUGUCCGACACAAGUACGGCGGCUUGGGCUUAUACAAAGUAUGCGAUGCUCUUCUUCAUUGCCUUAAUUGUCACCUGGGUGCCUUCGACGAUUAACCGGGCAUAUUCACUUGCCUAUCCUCACUCAUAUAACUUUGCUCUGAACUAUGUAUCGAGCUUUGUUCUGCCGCUCCAAGGAUUUUGGAACAGUAUGAUCUAUAUGUCCAUCUCAUGGCCGGCUUUUAAGGCGGUUUACUGGGACAUCAGGAGAGGCAGUCUAGUGAGAGACCCUGGAUGCAGAGGUGGAGUAGACCAUGGAGGACAUAUCGGACAGACUUAUAUCUCGAACGACAGCGUUCGACGUCUGACUCACUAG